ACUCACAGUAUCAUUGCAUGGUCGAUACAAGAUGGACCACGAGGAAGGAACUGAGUUAGAAAAGAUAAACAAAAGUGAUGAAAAUGGUGAUGUGAAAAAUAAUUAUAGCGAUGUUGAUCCUCGGCUACCGUUUAGAAGACAGGCAUUGGUAUCAAUGGGAUCCUUCAUGCUCUCGUUCAGUGCAGGUGCCACAGGUGGAAUAUCAGCUAUCAUUAUACCACAGUUGCAAAAAGACAAUGGGAGGCACAAUCACUAUAAUAUGGAUAUGUUGUCAUGGGUAGCGGCUAUGUCAUCGCUGGCUUUGCUGUUCGGUAACAUGAUUUCUGGAUACUUAAUGGAACGAUUCGGAAGAAGAACAUCCCAGAUUAUACUAUCAACGUUUUAUAUCAGUGGAUGGGUCAUCAUAGGGUUCGCUAAAAACAUGUUUUUCAUGCUACUGGGAAGAUUUAUCACUGGUUUUUGUCAAGGGUGGCUUGGACCUUUGGGACCAGUGUUUAUCGGAGAAAUUAGCUCACCGGCUUACAGAGGAUUAUUUUUAGCUGGCUUAUCAUUGAGUAUUGCAUCUGGAGUAUUUAUGUCUCACUUAUUUGGAACCUUCCUUCACUGGAGUCACGCCUCAUUCCUCUGCGCUCUGUUUCCGUUGUCGGGGUGCAUUAUAUUAUAUUUUGCUCCUGAAUCGCCAUCUUGGUUAGCAUCCAAGAAUGAAAUAGAAAAAUGUAAGACAGCUUUUUACUGGUAUAGAGGAAGAUCUCCGGUGAUGCAGAACGAACUCGACAAAAUGCUAGCAGAACACGAAAAGAAAAAGGAGGUGAAGCCGAAAUUGGAAACAUUAAAGGAAAAUAUAAAGAAGCCAGAGUUCUGGAAACCACUUUCUAUUAUGAUUGUAUUCUUUAUUGUUACUCAGCUAUCGGGUAUCAAUGUUAUAUGCGCUUAUACAACGAGUAUAAUGGAAGUUCUCAUUGGAAAUAAUAGAAACACGUACGCCGCGAUGUUAGCUACAGAUGUUUUACGAGUGGUAGCUUUGAUUUCGGCCUGUAUUCUACUUCGAAGGAUAGGUAGACGACCGCUAGCUGUAUUUAGUGGGAUCUUUACAACUUUAUCAUUGAUAAUAUUGGCUAUAUACUUAUACCUUGUAGAUAAACGAAUAAUAAGACAUAUAUCACCAACGAUAUCAUUAGGGUUAAUGGCGGUUUAUAUAGUAGUAUCUAAUUUAGGUAUAUCGCCAUUACCAUGGAAUAUGGUAGGGGAAGUAUUUGCAUCCGAAACAAAAGGUUUAGGAUCCGGUAUUAGUGUAAUGAUGACGUCGAUAGCUUUCUUUGGGACUGUGAAAACUGCACCGGCAAUGUUCGACACUAUUGGCCAUCACGGGACUUACUUGUUCUAUGGUCUCUCGACUCUAUGCGGUACAAUAUUUUUGUAUUUCUUCCUUCCCGAGACUAAGGGAAAAACUCUAUUGCAAAUCGCCGAGCAUUUCAGAAACGGCAAUAAAAAUAAAGAAAAAAUUUUGAAGGACGAUAAUAAUUUUGUUUGAUUACCAAUUCAAUACCGUUGCUACGACGUCGCGAUAAGAUAAUUCGCUGUUUUAUGAAGAGAGGUUAGAAUCAAAUAAAUUGAAUAGAACAAUUUAGCGUGGUAAAAUAAAAUACGUUAUUUUAAUGUUAAUAAAAGUAGUCAAUUAUAGGAGAAUAAACAAUACUGCCGUAGGAUUCAUUUUGAUAAAGCAAUAUAUUUAUCAAUCAUUCAGCUAACUAAAAUCUAUUAACGCCUAAUCAUUACAGAUAAUGCGCUACUUAACCUAAUAAGAUACGAUUCUCAUUGAUAUUACGAAAUAUCGAAUAUAACCUUUAGAUAAAUCAAUAUAUUAUAUUUAUACUAAUCUACGUAAGGUUAUUAAGAUUUCGUCGGAAACAACUCACACAAAAUAAUUGUACUAAUAAGUCCAUGUCAGUAAAAUAACGGCAUAGUAAUUCUAGAUUAUUCCUAUGAAACAUCAAACAACCAAUCAGUUGAGAUUGUUUUAGCACAGGCCUAGAAUGACCCACUUAUAAAACUGCCCUAUUAACCUGCACGUAAAAAUGUUUUUUCAAUGUAAGAUUAAUUAGAACAAGGUGAAGUGUUUACGGAUGCACCCUCGCUAGUAAAAACCGAAGACUAUUUCACAGUCCGUUAAAGAUGGACAAGUGGCACGCUUCUGUCGGUGAAUUAUAAAUUUCUUCCUGUUGUGACACGUGGAUAUGACCCGAAGCGCUCGAAGAUGAUUCGCUGACAUCUGCGAAGAGGUUUUUUUUUCAAAAUUUAAGAAGUUCCCACGUUGGUACGCGACAUGUUCUUAUGUAAGACAAAAACCCAGGGAAACAUCUGGCCUGGAUGUGGUUAUUUUUGGAAGACUUGAUGUUUUUAUGGAGAUGCAAAGAAAUGUAGAUAUGUAUGAUAAACACGUUGACGUAAAUCUUCCCUUGAUAAAACUAAUCUUUAUACGCGCAAUUUGCUUAUUCUGAGUCAAAGUAUAGUCUUUACAUUGUUAUAUAUGCUGAGUCUGUCUUUUGACUAUUAAUGCGCAUAACAAAUAUUUAAUUAAUAAACCAGUCAUGUAUGAUCUCUUAUCUUAACCUUAUUAUAUUACAUUGAUAAUAGUGUUACAUAAAUUAUUUACGUAAGACAUAUUCAAAUACGUAAAAAUAUUAAAUUACUAAUUAGGUUGUCGUAUUCUAUACGAAUGAUAAUUGCAUAUUGUAGUAUAUUAUAAAUGUGUUAUGUAAAUCAAUCUAUAUAGAAAUUAGUUCAAUUUCCAUAUCACGUAGUUGCUGUGAAUAUGUUUUGUUUAUUGUUCUGUGAACUACUUACAUAUCAUAUCAUGUGUAUGGGUCAGAACGGAGGUACAUACAAUAAUAAUUUACAAUAAGACACGUGGCGGAACGGAAACUAUGCACGUGGUUUCAAUUAGAGCAGGAGAUAUAAAAAAUAUUAACAAGAAUAAAAAGCAUCACCCCUAAGUGGGUGGAGUUGUUGUAAAGGGCUUAUCGAGAAAUACGUAUCUAUUGACCUGUGACUGUGAAUAGAAAACAUUGUUCAAUUUAUUAUUAAACAAUAUAAGAGCCGUGAUUUCAUUACUGUUUUAAGUAGUUGAUUACUUUUUAUAGGUUCAUUGUAAUAUCAUUUGUAAAAUUAUUGUUUCUUUCAAAUGUCAAUUUGUUUAUUUAAAUGUUUAAUGAAAUAAUAUUUACAGUUCUAUGUGUUCAAAUGCCACGUUUCAUCUAGUCCGUUAAAAUAUAUUAGGUUAAAUUUUAAUUUUAAUUCACAUUAUGUGUUAUCAAUGGAACUUUGACUUAUACAUAGCAUUUGUAGACAGAAUAUGCGACUUUGAAUUACGUACCGGUUUUUGUAUAAAAAAAUAAAACAUGGUUAAAAUUUUUUUUGUUUCAUUAUUUUACUGUUACACAUCCUUCAAUAUUUAAGUCUGUUUCUUCGUUCGUAAAACAAAUCAACUCAUUCACCAGUUCCGAGACAAAACAGAUAUCC